AUGCCUCAGGCACCUGCGCCGCGCAUAUUGAUACAUCUCCUCAGACGUGAUCUCCGAUUAGCAGACAACCCAAUACUCUCUGAAGUGUCGCGGCUGUCUUCCCAGCCGCAGGCUCCAUUUACCCAUCUCCUGCCUGUAUACGUCUUCCCGGCGCAGCAGAUAGAGGUCUCCGGUUUUCUUCAGAGUCCCGAAGCUGAGUCACCUUACCCUGAGGCGCGGAGUCAAGUGGGUGGAUUUUGGAGAUGCGGCCCCCACCGUGCGAAGUUCAUGACCGAGAGUGUAUGGGACCUGAAGCAAGGUUUGCAAAGGGUGAAUAGCGGCCUGGAGAUCCGUGUGGGCAUGCUCGGCGAUGUCAUCCGGCAAAUCUUGGAAUGGUACAAGAGCGCUGGCGAGGAUGGUGAGGGUGAAGUUGGUGUCCCUGGGGAUGGAAAACCCGAGGAACCAAAGGGCGAAGUCACUGGAGUUUGGAUGACCAGUGACGACGGUACAGAAGAGAAGCGGGAGGAGCGCGACGUACGGCGAGUUGUCGAGUCCGGGGGCAUUGAAUUUCGUCUAUGGAAGGACGAGAAAUAUUUCAUGGAUGACCGAGAUCUUCCAUUCUCGGACAUCAAGGAUCUUCCAGACGUAUAUACAACGUUCCGCAAAUCACUGGAGCCGCUGCGAGACAGGCCCCGCUUGCCUCUCUGCACACCGAGCUCCUUGCCACCCCUACCUCCACGGAUUCCGCCACAGGAUGCGCCCUUCUCCGUACCAAUUACCUUGGACGAGAUCAUGGACGCUGUCCUCAAACCUCUGGAGCCCUCCUUAGGCCUUGAAACCCCACCGCGAUGGCCGCCAGAUACGAAAUCAGCUCAUCCCUUCACAGGAGGCGAGACUUCCGGCAAGGAGCGCGUAAGCCAUCUAAUUGCCUCUGGAGCGAUGUCCAACUACAAAGAUACACGCAAUGGAUUGCUGGGAACCGACUUCUCCACGAAGCUCUCUGCAUGGCUCGCUUUGGGCUGUAUCACAGCUCGACAAGUUCACGCACAGAUGGUGAAAUUCGAGGAUGGUACGGCAGAGGAAGAGAGCUGGACGAAAGCCGAAGGAUACGGCAAAGGCGAGAACAAGGGCACCGCUGCUGUACGGUUCGAGCUACUCUGGCGGGACUACAUGCGCCUUUGCGUGCGGAAGUUCGGGCCCAAGACAUUCCACAUCUCCGGCUUUCGCGAGCUGGGCGAGGACCAGAAGAGGUGGAGGUACGUUGAUCGCGGUCACACAGACGGUACAGGCAAUCCUGCAAAAACAAGAGAAGUGUUUGACAGAUUUCGCUCGGGGCGGACUGGUACCGGCUUCAUUGAUGCCUCGCAGCGAGAGCUGUUCCUCACGGGAUAUACCUCGAACCGUACGCGUCAAAACGUGGCCAGUUACCUGUCCAAGCACCUCGGCAUCGACUGGCGACUCGGCGCCGAGUGGUACGAGUCACUGCUCAUCGACUACGAUGUGGGCAACAACUGGGGCAAUUGGCAGUACGUCAGCGGUGUAGGAAAUGACCCCCGGCAGGGCCGAACUUUCAACCCUGUGAAGCAGGCCCUGGACUAUGACGCGGGGGGCGAAUACACAAAGGCGUGGGUCCCGGAAUUGAGGCCCAUAGACGUCCGCAGGGACAACAACGACAAGCUGGUUGAUCAGGAAAAGCUGAUGGGGGUCUUCCAAGCGUGGCGGCUGUCUGAAUCGGACAAGGAGCGGUACCAGUUGAAGGGUCUGCAGUGGGUGGAGGAGCCGCUCAUUAAAAUACCGUUUUCCGUGGGCCGGAAGCCCCGAGAUGACGGUGCAAGAGGCAGAGGGAGGGGCUAUGGAGGUGGGCAUAGGGGUAGAGGCUCUUGGAGAGAUGGAAAUCAGAGGCGUAUGGGAGAAAUAGAUAAGGCGCAAGCUGGAAACGCGAUGAAUGGAGGUGAUGUAUAG